GUACAUAUAAUAUAUAGUUUUGGAUUAUUGUUUGGAUAGAGGCUCGUCAACCAAAGGAGAGGUAUUUCCCUUUUCAGGGCUCCUCCUUUUCUUGCCCAUCUGCAUUUUUCUCUUUUGUCUUUCUAUGUUCCAUCACUUCCAACAUAAAAGCCUAUUUUUUUUACCAAUAUAUUGCUUCUUCCUACUUUCUAUAGUGUCAUUCAGUUUGUGCUAUUUUGCUUCAUCUUUUACAAUCAGUCCCUUCACUUCUCAGAUUCUCCCUUUCUUGAACACCUUUCUCUAAAGAAUUCUCCCUCAAAUGAGGAAUGAAUAUCAUCAGCAUGUCAUUUGUGGUCAAAGAUUCAGUUUCAUUACCAUUUCUCUUCUCUUUCUGAUUGUUUCAAGCUUGACACAAAAGGGACUUGUAACUGAAGGAAGAAAGACUUUGAACCAAAAUGGUUUUCACCAGACAUUAGGUGAUAACAAGGUGAUGGUGAGGAAGCAGAUAGGAUCAAGGCCACCAAAAUGUGAUACAAGGUGCAGAUUCUGUGGUCACUGUGAGGCUAUUCAAGUUCCAGAAAAUCCUAGAGCAAUGACUGGAAAGAUCAACCCUUCAACUCUGUCUACAGUAGCUUAUGCUAGGAGGCAAGAUAAUUCCAACUAUAAACCUAUGAGUUGGAAAUGCAAAUGUGGGGACAUUAUUUUCAACCCUUGAUUUGAUUUGUUCCAUAAUGUAGUUCAUUUAGAUAAUCAAGGAUGUUAAUCAAUUUGUUAACUCUGUAUAUCUAUAUAUUUUUAGCUCUUCCCUAUUUUUACCUAGCUACUAGUGUAAAGUGAUGGUCAUUUGAUUGAAACUUUGUUUAAAUUUGAAGUUAUGGUGCUUAA